UAGAGAGGAGGGAGGCGUGUGCGCAGCGCUCCACCAGACAGCUCCUUCCCAGCUGCUUGGCCGGCAGUGCCCAGGCCGUCUGUACCAGCAUGGCCCUGCUUGUCCACCUCAAGAGCGUCUCGGAGCUGAGGGGCAAGGGCGACCGGAUUGCCAAAGUGACUUUCCGAGGGCAGCCCUUCUACUCCCGGGUCCUGGAGAACUGCGAGGAUGUGGCCGACUUUGAUGAGACAUUCCGGUGGCCAGUGGCCAGCAACAUUGACAGAAAUGAGAUGCUGGAGAUUCAGAUUUUCAACUAUAGCAAAGUCUUCAGCAACAAGUUAAUCGGGACCUUCCGCAUGGUGCUGCAGAAGGUGGUCGAGGAGAACCACGUGGAGGUGACCGACACGCUGAUUGACGACAACAAUGCUGUCAUCAAGACCAGCCUGAAUGUGGAGGUCCGGUAUCAGGCUGCAGAUGGCACAAGGGGCUCCUGGGAUGACGAGGACUUCCUGAGGGAUGAGUCUCUUCAGGAGGAAGAGAAGGACACUCAGGAGACAGAUGGGCUGCUCCCCAGCUCCCGCCCCAGCUCCCGGCCACCGGGAGAGAAGAGCUUCCGGAGCAAAGGCAGAGAGAAGACCAAGGGAGCCAGAGAUGGCGAGCACAAAGCCGGGAGGAGGGUGUUCUCUGCCAUGAAGCUCGGCAAGAACCGGCCCCACAAGGAGGAACCCCAGAGACAAGAUGAGCCAGCAGUGCUGGAGAUGGAGGACCUUGACCACCUGGCCAUUCGGCUGGGGGAUGGCCUGGACCCCGACUCGGCGUCUCUAGCCUCUGUCACAGCUCUUACCACCAAUGUCUCCAACAAGAGAUCCAAGCCAGACAUUAAGAUGGAGCCAAGCGCCGGGCGGCCCAUGGAUUACCAGGUCAGCAUCACGGUGAUAGAGGCGCGGCAGCUGGUGGGCUUGAACAUGGACCCUGUGGUGUGUGUGGAAGUGGGCGAUGACAAGAAGUACACCUCCAUGAAGGAGUCCACGAACUGCCCCUACUAUAAUGAGUACUUCGUCUUCGACUUCCACGUCUCUCCUGACGUCAUGUUCGACAAAAUCAUCAAGAUCUCGGUGAUUCACUCCAAGAACCUGCUGCGCAGCGGCACCCUGGUGGGGUCCUUCAAAAUGGAUGUGGGGACCGUGUACUCCCAGCCCGAGCACCAGUUCCAUCACAAGUGGGCCAUCCUGUCCGACCCCGACGACAUCUCCGCCGGGCUGAAAGGCUACGUGAAGUGUGACAUCGCCGUGGUGGCCAAGGGAGACAACAUCAAGACACCGCACAAGGCCAACGAGACAGAUGAAGAGGACAUUGAGGGGAACUUGCUGCUCCCUGACGGGGUACCCGCGGAACGCCAGUGGGCCCGCUUCUACGUGAAAAUUUAUCGCGCGGAGGGGCUGCCCAGGAUGAACACAAGCCUCAUGGCCAACGUGAAGAAGGCUUUCAUCGGCGAAAAUAAGGACCUCGUUGACCCCUACGUGCAAGUCUUCUUUGCGGGCCAGAAGGGCAAGACUUCGGUGCAGAAAAACAGCUACGAGCCCCUCUGGAAUGAGCAGGUUGUCUUCACAGACCUGUUCCCGCCGCUCUGCAAACGCAUGAAGGUGCAGAUCCGGGACUGUGACAAGGUCAAUGACGUGGCCAUCGGCACUCACUUCAUCGAUCUGCGCAAGAUUUCCAAUGAUGGAGACAAAGGCUUCCUGCCCACGCUGGGCCCGGCCUGGGUGAACAUGUACGGCUCCACACGCAACUACACACUGCUGGAUGAGCACCAGGACCUGAAUGAGGGCCUGGGGGAGGGGGUGUCCUUCCGCGCCCGCCUCAUGCUGGGCCUGGCGGUGGAGAUCCUGGACACCUCCAACCCUGAGCUCACCAGCUCCACAGAGGUGCAGGUGGAGCAGGCCACCCCUGUCUCAGAGAGCUGCACAGGGAGAGUGGAAGAAUUCUUUCUAUUUGGAGCCUUUCUGGAAGCCUCAAUGAUCGACCGGAAGAAUGGAGACAAACCAAUUACCUUUGAGGUGACCAUAGGCAACUAUGGGAAUGAAGUUGAUGGCCUGUCAGGACCCCAGAGGCCUCGGCCCCGGAAAGAGCCCGGGGACGAGGAGGAAGUAGACCUGAUCCAGAACUCGAGUGAUGACGAGGGUGAUGAUGGCGGGGAUCUGGCCUCGGUGUCCUCCACCCCACCCGUGCGCCCCCAGAUCACCGACAGGAACUACUUCCACCUGCCCUACCUGGAGUGCAAGCCCUGCAUCUACAUCAAGAGCUGGUGGGCGGACCAGCGCCGCCGCCUCUACAAUGCCAACAUCAUGGACCACAUCGCAGACAAGCUGGAGGAAGGCCUGAACGACGUACAGGAGAUGAUCAAAACGGAGAAGUCCUACCCCGAGCGCCGCCUGCGUGGGGUGCUGGAGGAGCUCAGCAGCGGCUGCCACCGCUUCCUCUCCCUCGCGGACAAGGACCAGGGCCACUCGUAUCGCACCAAGCUGGAUCGAGAACGCCUCAAAUCAUGCAUGAGGGAGCUGGAGAGCAUGGGGCAGCAGGCCAAGAGCCUGCGCGCUCAGGUGAAGCGGCACACGGUGCGCGACAAGCUGAGGCAGUGCCAGAACUUCCUGCAGAAGCUGCGCUUCCUGGCAGAUGAGCCCCAGCACAGCAUCCCCGACGUCUUCAUCUGGAUGAUGAGCAACAACAAGCGCGCAGCCUACGCCCGCGUGCCCUCCAGAGACCUGCUCUUCUCCACCGUGGAGGAGGAGCUGGGCAAGGACUGCGCCAAGGUCAAGACGCUGUUCCUCAAGCUGCCGGGGAAGCGGGGCUUUGGCGCAGCGGGCUGGACGGUGCAGGCCAAGCUGGAGCUCUACCUGUGGCUGGGCCUCAGCAAGCAGCGGAAGGACUUCCUGUGUGGCCUGCCCUGCGGCUUCGAGGAGGUCAAGGCGGCCAGGGGCCUGGGCCUGCACUCCUUCCCACCCCUCAGCCUGGUGUACACUAAAAAGCAGGCGUUCCAGCUCCGAGCCCACAUGUACCAGGCCCGAAGCCUCUUUGCCGCAGACAGCAGCGGGCUCUCUGACCCCUUUGCCCGAGUCUUCUUCAUCAACCAGAGCCAGUGCACAGAGGUGUUGAACGAGACACUGUGUCCCACUUGGGACCAGAUGCUGGUGUUUGACAACCUGGAAUUGUAUGGUGAAGCUCAUGAGUUGCGGGAGGACCCUCCCAUCACUGUCAUCGAAAUCUACGAUCAGGACAGCAUGGGCAAAGCCGACUUCAUGGGCCGGACCUUCGCCAAGCCCCUGGUAAAGAUGGCAGAUGAGGCAUACUGCCCGCCCCGCUUCCCGCCCCAGCUCGAGUACUACCAGAUCUACCGCGGCAACGCCACAGCUGGAGACCUGCUGGCUGCCUUUGAGCUCCUGCAGAUUGGGCCAGCAGGGAAGGCUGACCUGCCCCCCAUCAAUGCCCCAGUGGACACGGACCGGGGGCCCAUCAUGCCUGUGCCUGUGGGCAUCCGGCCUGUGCUCAGCAAGUACCGGGUGGAGGUGCUGUUCUGGGGCCUGCGGGACCUGAAGCGGGUGAACCUGGCCCAGGUGGACCGGCCUCGGGUAGACAUCGAGUGUGCAGGGAAGGGGGUGCAGUCAUCCCUGAUCCACAACUACAAGAAGAACCCCAACUUCAACACCCUGGUCAAGUGGUUUGAAGUGGACCUCCCCGAGAACGAGCUGCUGCACCCGCCCCUGAACAUCCGUGUGGUGGACUGCCGGGCCUUCGGCCGAUACACCCUGGUGGGCUCGCAUGCCGUCAGCUCCCUGCGCCGCUUCAUCUACCGGCCGCCCGAGCACACAGCCCCCAAGUGGAACACCACGGGGGAGGUCGUGGUGAGCAUGGAGCCAGAGGUGCCUGUCAGGAAACUGGAGACCAUGGUGAAGCUGGACGCGACUUCUGAUGCUGUUGUCACGGUGGAUGUGGCCGAGGAGGAGAAGGAGAAAAGGAAGAAGAAAAAGGGCAGCGCAGAAGAGCCCGAGGAGGAGGAGCCGGAUGAGAGCAUGCUGGACUGGUGGUCCAAGUACUUCGCCUCCAUCGACACCAUGAAGGAGCAACUUCGCCAACAAGAGACCUUGGGAGCUGACUUGGAAGAGAAGGAAGAGGCGGACAACACAGAAGGCCUGAAGGGGCCGAUGAAGGGCAAGGAGAAGGCAAGGGCAACAAAGGAGGAGAAGAAGAAACGAGCCCAGAGCCCAGGCCCUGGCCAGGGGUCCGAGGUCCCUGAGAAGAAGAAACCCAAGAUUGAUGAGCUAAAGGUGUACCCUAAGGAGCUGGAGUCCGAGUUUGACAACUUUGAGGACUGGCUGCACACGUUCAACCUGCUUCGGGGCAAGACCCAGGAUGGCGAGGACUGCUCCACUGAGGAGGAGCGCACUGUGGGCCGGUUCAAGGGCUCUCUCUGCGUCUACAAAGUGCCUCUCCCAGAGGACAUAUCCCGGGAAGCCGGCUACGAUCCCACCUUCGGCAUGUUCCAGGGCAUCCCGAGCAACGACUCCAUCAAUGUGCUGGUCCGAGUGUAUGUGGUCCGGGCCACAGAUCUACACCCUGCUGACAUCAACGGCAAAGCUGACCCCUACAUCGCCAUCCGGCUAGGCAAGACCGACAUCCGCGACAAGGAGAACUACAUCUCCAAGCAGCUCAACCCGGUCUUUGGGAAGUCCUUCGACAUCCAGGCCUCCUUCCCCAUGGAGUCCAUGCUCACGGUGGCUGUGUACGACUGGGACCUGGUGGGCACGGACGACCUCAUCGGGGAAACCAAGAUCGACCUGGAGAACCGCUUCUACAGCAAACACCGCGCCACCUGCGGCGUGGCCCAGACCUACUCCACACACGGCUACAAUGUCUGGAGGGACCCCGCGAAGCCCAGCCAGAUCCUCACGCGCCUCUGCAAAGUGGGCAAGGUGGACGGGCCCCACUUCGGGCCCCCCGGGAGAGUGAAGGUGGCCAACCGCGUCUUCACGGGGCCCUCGGAGAUCGAGGACGAGAAUGGUCAGAGGAAGCCCACUGACGAGCACGUGGCCCUGUCUGCCCUGAGGCACUGGGAGGACAUCCCCCGCGUGGGCUGCCGCCUGGUGCCAGAGCACGUUGAGACCCGGCCGCUGCUCAACCCUGACAAGCCAGGCAUCGAGCAGGGCCGCCUGGAGCUGUGGGUGGACAUGUUUCCCAUGGACAUGCCGGCCCCCGGGACACCGCUGGACAUCUCCCCCCGGAAGCCCAAGAAGUAUGAGCUACGGGUCAUCGUGUGGAACACAGACGAGGUGGUCCUGGAGGACGACGACUUCUUCACCGGGGAGAAGUCCAGCGACAUUUUCGUGCGGGGGUGGCUGAAGGGCCAGCAGGAGGACAAGCAGGACACGGACGUGCAUUACCACUCCCUCACUGGGGAGGGCAACUUCAACUGGCGCUACCUGUUCCCCUUCGACUACCUGGCGGCCGAGGAGAAGAUCGUCAUCUCCAAGAAAGAGUCCAUGUUCUCGUGGGACGAGACGGAGUACAAAAUCCCCGCGCGCCUCACCCUGCAGAUCUGGGAUGCAGACCACUUCUCCGCCGACGACUUCCUGGGGGCCAUCGAGCUGGACCUGAACCGGUUCCCCCGGGGCGCGAAGACAGCCAAGCAGUGCAGCAUGGAGAUGGCCACCGGGGAGGUGGAUGUGCCACUGGUCUCCAUCUUCAAGCAGAAGCGCGUCAAAGGCUGGUGGCCCCUCCUGGCCCGCAAUGAGAACGACGAGUUCGAGCUCACGGGCAAGGUGGAAGCUGAGCUGCACUUGCUGACAGCAGAGGAGGCGGAGAAGAAUCCAGUGGGCCUGGCCCGCAGUGAACCUGACCCCCUAGAGAAACCCAACCGGCCCGACACAAGCUUCAUCUGGUUCUUGAGCCCUCUCAAGUCUGCUCGCUACUUCCUGUGGCACACCUACCGCUGGCUGCUCCUCAAGCUGCUGCUGCUCCUGCUGCUGUUCCUCCUGCUCGCCCUCUUUCUCUACUCUGUGCCUGGCUACCUGGCCAAGAAGAUUGUCAGGGCCUGAGCCCUCCUGUGCCGGGGUCUGGUACUCCCCUCCUGCCUGUGGCCCAUAGGCCAGCUGUCCUGUGGAACACACGCACACGCACACAAAGACACACACACGAGCGCAUGUGGAAGCCACAUGUGCGCAUAAGCACACACAUGCACAUGCAUGCGCACACACAGGCCCGUGCAAACAUAUACAGCGAUUUUCAGGCUCUCAAAACAGACGCACAGACUCUCGGAGCAAGAACGGGCUUCUGUGCUCAGUGGGCGUGAGGGGUGAAGGGCUCACCCACGGCCUCCCGAGCGGAGGCCCAGAGCAGGGACUCCCGUCUCCCACCCAGCCUCACCACUCACCAGCUCCAACCCAGUAUUAGAAGUUCAGCUGUGGACAGGGAAGGGGUGAUGGUGGCUGGGCUCAGCCAGGACGCCCUGAAAUCAUUGCUCCCUCCAGGGGCCUCCUGUUCGGAGCUGCUCCCGCCCCAGGGACAGAUCAGAGCCCCAGCCACGCCUCAUGGCCCCACUGAUACUGAACUCGGGCUCCAGGUCCUCUGGCCCCUGGGGGUGGCAGCAGUUGGAAAAAGCACCUUCAAUACUUGCAUUUUAUAUGUGGCUGCCGUAUAAACCUGCUGUUCAUGUGACACAAAGCGCAGAGGGCAAGCAAGGCCCUCUGCUGGGAAGCCGAUACCCAGGCCCAUACCCUGGGGUGGCAGAGCGGUGAGGGCUGCUGUCCCCCAGAGCUGCCUAGACCCUGGGCAGGGCCCAGCAGGGACAGGAAGGGGGAGUGGAGCAUGGGGGGUGCUGACCGGCUCUGUGCAGGGGCUCGCUGGCCAUCAGAACGGCUCUGUGCCAGCCAGUGAACCACCCCACGCUGUAAGUAUUCAGGUUGGGGCUGGGCAGCCACCCCCCCCCCCCGCCAAAAGUGCCAUCCAGGCCUUGGCGGCUCCGGGGCACCAGAGGCCCACAGAGAGGACAGGGCUUUACGGGCGUUGACUCUGCAGCUUAGAAACAGGCUGGACCCAGGCCCCAGCACUCACUGCUCCGGGGGCUGAGUCUAACAGGGCCCUCAGGGACUGGACAGAUGGAGGACGGAGGACGGGUGCUGGGGCAGCUGUGACCAGUGCCUCCCUCCUCUG